GUGAGUUGCUCCCACUGCAUUUCUGCCACUGAAUCCCGCCUUCCCACAAUUCGCACAUUUCCGGUAGGCGAAAAGUCAGACGUCCUCCCACCAAAGUACUCUGCGCCCGGUUUAAACGACGACGACGACGACCACCCCGAUCCCGAAACUGCACCGGAAAUCGCCCAGAUAGACACCCAGUCGACCGUAUUUUCAAAGGACAAACAACCGAACAGGACCGCAACCAUGGCGGACACUUUCAAGGAGUCGCCGAUCAAGUCGGUGCAGGUGGAAGCACUGGUGGUGAUGAAGAUAGCCAAGCACUGCUCUUCGUCGUUCCCGACCAUCGCGACCGGAUCGAUCGUUGGCAUGGACAAUGACACCCUCGUGGAGGUCACCAACUCGCUCAACUUCCCCACCGUUGACGUCGCCAACGUCGACAGCCACCAGAGCGAGCGCGAUGCCUCAGCACAGGCCGCUGCCGCCCCCAGGUCCAAGGCGAACCUGAUGUACCAGGCUGAGAUGAUCAAGCACUUGCGCGAGGUCAACGUUGACGCCAACUGCGUGGGCUGGUACACAAGCGCAACCAUGGGCAACUUUGUCACAAUGAGCUUCAUCGAGAACCAGGCACACUACCAACGCGAAAACCCCAAGGCCAUCGCUCUUGUCCACGACGUGAGCAGGAGUUCACAGGCAUCUCUGUCCCUGCGCGCCUUCAGACUCUCUACUGCCUUUAUGACGGCCCUCAAGGAGAACAAGUUUACCACCGAAAACCUCCAGAAGACUAAACUCACAUACAAGGACAUUCUCAUUGAGAUGCCCGUUGUCAUUCACAACUCGCACCUCCUCACCACCUACCUACACCAGAUUCCGUCAGCCCCUGCUGCCGGGUCGGAAACCACCAUUCCUACAUCUCUGGCAGCACUCCAGCGGGAGCCGGUCAACAUUCCCCCAUACCCUUCGAUCGACUCUCUGGAGUUGUCGAUUGACCCCUUCCUGGAGAAGACUUGCGAUCUCCUGCUCGACAGCAUAGAGGCGCACUACACGGACCUGAACAACCACCAGUACUACCAACGCCAGAUGACCCGGGAGCAGGCCAAGAUUACAGCGUGGCAAGCUAAGCGCAAGGCUGAGAAUGCCGCGCGAGCUGCGGCGAAGCAGGAGCCGCUGCCAGAUGAUGAGUGGAAGAGGCUGUUCAAGCUGCCUCAGGAGCCCAGCAGGCUCGAGGGCAUGCUGAACGCCAGGCAAGUUGAGCAGUACAGCAAACAGGUUGACGGAUUCACGGCCAACGUCAGUGCAAAGAUGUUUGCAGUUCGGGGGAGCCUUUUGACCGAGUAAAAAAAAACUCGCUAGGGAAAUGAUGUGAAAAAAGACUUAUCUAUCACGGCCUCGGACGACAGCCGUGCUUCUUCUAAUGGAUGUGCAUAUUGUAUGGCGUUCAAGGGUUUAUUAAGGGAUUCUUCGUUGGUCAGGAUGUGAACGGGACGGGGAACGCCGGAUAGAAAGCGUGGCUGGUUUCGCGGCGUGCGAUUGGUUUGUUUCUCGUGCUUUUAGAGAAUCAAAGAGAGGGGCGGAAAACCCAUGAAUCGAGCAAGCCGUGGGUUUGAGUUCAAGGCAAUCCAAAAGCCAGCCAAGCACGCCCACCUGUAGUCCUACCUGGCGAUGCUGCGACCGGCCGGAGCAUGGUUUUUCCCCUGCGGCACAGCGCAAAUUCUUUACGAGUCUGAAGGCAUCACAGGCGGAAUUCAACGCCGAGUCCCCAGUGGAGUGGCGCAAACAUCAAGUUCGGAUUCGGUGGUUUCGGGCUUCUCUUAACAUCUGGUCUUUCUACCGGGGCACGGACUGGGUUGUGCGGGUUACUACUUGUUCUAGAUCGGAUUUUUAUCAUUCUAGAUCAGUACCUCUGGCCAAGUUUGGCAUGGUUGGCUGUGGCAUCUAGGUUUUCAUAAAUAUAAACACAUUCAGAACUCCGAAUAAA